AUGGCGUCGAGUUCAAGCCGGAAGCCCCAGAUCUUCGUUCACUUCGAGUUUGGGGUCUCCUUCUCACCUAGACAUGCACCCAAUCAACACUCCGUCACAUAUGCCUCUCGUGGUUUCCGUGAUCGCGCUCAGUUCCCCAGACAAGUCCCGCCGCCGAAUACAAAUUAUCUAGCAGAGCCCUCCCACUCGGCCCAUCAACACCAACCGACACGAUCUUCACCACCCAUCCAGGAAUACUACGCACCCCAAGCGCAACCACCAAUGCCGCCACACUAUGAAGUCAGUAGACAAUCUCGACAAGAGAGUCGAUCGAGCUCCUCACACGAACGAGGUAGCUCUGCCCCGCCGCCAUGGAACGACAGCCCCUGGGACGCCGAGCCGGACGCUCUAGGAAGCUCAGCGCUGCCUCGUCAACGACCGCGGGCCCAGAAUGCGCCCGACUACUGGAAGGCAUUGCCCGAAGUGCCUUCACGUUUCCGACUCGGCGAGGACGAGAUGCCGUGGUCAGCGUCAUCGUGGCCAGGCGAGUUCGGCAUGCCAGACGAGUCCGAGGUCGUCGACGACUACUCCUCCGAGCUGUCCAUGAAGUUCCGCGACGUCUCCCUCACCAACGCCACGCCAAUGCCCCGCGAGAGAGGGGACGACGGGCGGAGACAUGACCUGGAGGCGCUGUCCGCGGCAAUGGUCACCGUGGACAACGGGUUUGAGAACCAGUGGUGGUACCAGGGCGAACGCCAGCAGAUCACUGCGCCGGGGGUGGUAGCCGGCGACUUACACACGACCGCCGCGGCGCUGGCGAACACGACGACGACGGCGACUGCUGAGGCGGUGGUGUCUCCUCUUCCUCCUCUCCAGACCCCUGUGCACCUGCACCAGCAGCUUGGGGGCUACGAUACGAGGGAGUCGAUGGGAUGGGUGUCUGCCCAGGGCGGGGAUUCUCACGCGAGCAUGAUGAGCGCUACCAUUUACAACCCGAGUGUCUUGGUGUCACCCAUGUCGGAGUACGCGAGCCCCCGCCUUCACCGGUCGAUGACUACGAGGUCCGAGGAGCUAUUCUUUUACAGCUGA